AUGGAGCACUAUAAGAAUUACCUGAAAUCUAUCAACGAUCCGAGCGGCGAAAAGGGGUUUCGAUGCGAAGCUUGUCAAAUUGACGUCUUCAGGAGGCUGGACGUCAAUAAUCACUUCCAGAGUUCGAAGCACCGAUCAACCCUGCUGAACCUCAGAAGAGACCUCAAAUCAGCUGGUUUCGCAGUACCUCAGGAAGAAGAGGGCCCGCCCGAACCCCGUCUUUCGAAAACCCCGUCGAGAGCUGCAUCGACAGAGGACCAAGCCGUCGAGGAUGCACAACCGCCAGAGAGUCAGUCGAGGAUCGAGACUAGCACUCCAAAGAACGAGCGGGUACCCUCGAGGAGCGACGAGCAUCGAUCAGAUGAAGACAAGAAUUCCAAGAAACACCAGUAUUUCUUGAGCUCGGAGGAAGAACAGAGUGACGACGAGAACUUGAACGCCGAGAGCCAGCAAGCGACACCUUCUAAAUCGAGAGCAGAAGCCAACUGCAAACCGAAAGUGCUUGUCAUCAGUGCAAAAAGUCUCGUCGACAAGCGAAAAGCCAUAAUUUCCAAGCUCAGCAAUUGUACGGACGUACGCGAUCUCACGAAGCAUCUCCGGCAGAUCAGUGGGAGCAGGUCGGAGGAAAAAUCCGCCCGGAAAGCUCUGCCGGGGGUCCCAUACUCUGACCGGGAGAUCGAGCAGCAGGAAACUUUCGGUGAAGCUCGAGCUCAACGGACUCAAACUGAUAAGUUGGAGCUGGGGGCGGACGACGACAGCAGCGACUGUCCUCCUGUCGUGAAGAAAGAAUCUCGAAGCGCAGCCAGCAAAGCUCCGCGAACUCCCCAGCGCAGAGACGAUGUCGCCGAAGAAUGCACGGUCGUGCCGACGCCCGCUCAGCCACCCCCCGAGACGAUCUCCGACACGGACACCGAUGACCAGGAGUCACCUCAGCGGCGACCAACCUCGUCGGUGAAUUCAUUUGAGUCGCUCAAGUCCCAAGUCCAUCCGAACGAAUUUGGGAAAUUAGCCGCAGUCGUUGCGCAGGAAGUCGCUCUCGUCGAGAAGCUGCGCUAUUUGGGUCAGACUCUACCGUGUAUAGAGGCUCUGCUGGCUCAAAUGAGGCAGGAGCACCAAGACGCUCAAACGCAGAUCGGGUUACUGAGAACAGCAAAGAAUCGCCUCAUCGCGGCCAUCACCCAAGGACCACCCGCGCCUCAGAGUUUGGAUGUUUUCAAUCCGAACUCGAUACUGAAUACGAUUCUGCAACCGUCAAUAUCCACUGGUCUCGGAAGCAUGCCGUGGUCUACGACGAGCUCCAACGCGAACUUCUCGACUUUCCUCCACAGCCUCGGGCUUCCGGAAAGCGCCAUGUCCCCUCGGAUAUCCUCUGCUUUCGGAGUGCCGAACGGCAAUAGCUCAUUGAACAGCAGUCUCGCAGAGACCGUUGCUAGCACCAGCGUCCAAGCUCCGUGCACACCUUGUGGCACAAAUGAUAAGAAAAGAACCGCCUCUCGGGAUUCGCGUUGUAAUGAAUCGAAACGGAGCAAAAACGCGGAGUUCGACGAACAGCUCCACAGCGAAAUUGUCCUCGUAGUCAAACUCAGCGAGAGCUACGUCUACACGAGCAGUAAGGAUGGCAUCGUGAAGCGAACCCCCCUCCAAGACGGAGCCGGAGCAGUGGUCUCCUACAAACAUUGUGCCAGCGAUUCGAAUUCGAAACUGCCUACGGUGUGCGCGUACAUGCUCGAAGUCGUUGUGCACAAAAAGCUCAAAAGCGUCAAAGUGAUCACCGGCUCGAAUGAUUGCGCGAUUCGAGUUUUCGACGCAGUCAGUGGUAACCUCAUGAAAGUUGUGCCGGUUCAAGCAAGAGUGCAAUGUGGGCUAGUUCAUUGGCAGAAAAUAUACGUCGGGCUGAAGAGCGGCUACAUCCAGGUGUACAAUAUAGUCGACCAGCGGUAUAUCGUCGAAUCGCAACAUAAACAGGUUCCGAAACUAAUGGCCGUUAAUGAGAUUCUGAAUUCGAAAUCGAUUGUCAUCGUCACCGAAGAGAACUCCGUCUUGAUCCGCGACGCUGGAACGUUGUUUGUUUUGCACGCCAUCGAUCGAUUGGAUCAGGAAGUGAAGGCUUUAAUGGUCAAAGAUGAUCAUAUUUUGUUGUGCGGCAAGGACAAGCUCUACGUGUUUGACAAGAACGCCAAGCUGAGCCUCACCGUGGACCUGUCGAGCAGCGUGUACUGCGCAGUUCCCAUGAAGAGUGGAGCGCUUUUUGCAACGACCGAGGGGUGUCUGCGGAGCUGUAAAUGGAAAGGAUUCUUCGUGGGCAACGAAAUCGUGCAAAACACGAUCGCCUUCUCGAGAGAUAUCCGGGCGAUCGUCACGUCCAUGGACGGCUCGGAUGCGAAGUCCACUGUCGCAUUGGCCACCGAUUGUGGACGCGUGAUUGUUUUGAGGCUGACGAGCAGAAGUUGUUGA